AUGAUGAACGGCCGUGAUCGUCCACGAGGGCCGCCGCCCAGCGAUAUGCCAACCCAUAGAGAACCACGUCGAGGCGCGGACGGUCGCAAUGGCGGGCUCGCGGGGCCCGGAGACGGAUCGAUGUCGAGAGCGGAGAAAUUCGAAGAUGAGAAGAGACGAAUCAUGCAGAGUUGUUUCUCAAAGAAGGACACUGAUGGCACCUUGGCUGAAUCCUAUAUAACACAUGUCCGCAUCAUGGAGGAUGCUUCGUAUCCUUCUGCCCCUCCCCCACCAACCUCGCCGCCCGAAAACAAGAAACCUCGAGUCAUCAUUGUCUCCGUGAGAAAGUCAGGUCGAGUGCGCAUGCACAAAGCCAGGGAAAACAAUGAUGGGACAUUUUCAAUAGGAAAGACUUGGAUGCUCGACGAUCUAUCCUCAAUUCAGUCAUACAGCUCUUACACCCCAACAGGCCCUACGGAACAGCAGCACAAGCAAUGGGCCGGUAGUGUCGGAUUCGUCGUUACAGUUGGGAAACCUUAUUAUUGGCAUGCUAGGAGCUCCAAGGAAAAGGAAUUCUUCAUUGGGAGUCUGGUGAAGAUUUAUAGAAAAUACACCGGCGGCAAAGUCCCGACCCUCAUAGGGUUUGAUGAUCGCGAAAAACAUAUGCUGGUUGGAACACCCCCCGCAGCACCUCCAAGUUCCAGGGGGCCUGGGCAAGCUACGCGCCCUGAGGUCCCGCCUCUGCGCCCACCCUCUCCCUCGCAAGGCAGUCCGGCCCAGUCUCCCUACUCAAGUCGUGCACCCAGCCGCGAUGGACCGGCUCGAGAUUACAAGCGAUCGCCGGCGGAGGAGCAAGCAGUACGGGCCCAGCGAAGUCGCGAUCAAAUGCGCAGGCCUUCGACCGGCCAAUCUGGGAAAAGUGCUGUUCCACCCUUUGCGCCGCCUCAACAUCCACCUCCAGCAGUACCGUUGGACCAGCGAGACCCUCCACCCCGUGCAAACGAGCGUCUUGCGGCAGAUUCUAGAAAGGCAAAACCCCCCGUGUUACCACUGGACUUGAGAAACAAAGACCCUCCCAACAGCCUACUACCGGGGUCGGCUAGGGAGGUGCCACGAGAUUCAGAGGAAGCCAGUCUCAUCAGUCCGCAAAUUGAACCUCGGCCGUCUUCAUCACGCGAUGGGAAGAGCAUACCAGACGGGCGGCCCACCCUGCUAACCCACGAUUCAGGGUCAAGUUCGCCAGAUGUCAAACGCAGCAAGGAUGGACUUCGACCUGUCACUCCAGGAUCAAUUUCUGGUGAGAAUCGGAACAUUGCGCAAAGUCCGGCAAGCAGUCUAGCCAUUUCAUCUUAUAAUGAAAGUAGCGACAAGUUAUACCCUUCAGAGGCGCGGGCGCCAUCUCGAGGCAAUGACAGCCUGAACGAUUCGAUAAGCACACAGUCGGCUAUUGUACCACCUGCUUUACAACUAGGAACGUCUUCAAAUAACCAAGUUUCCCAACGACCAUCUACCACUGAGACGUCAGAGCCGACUGCACCGGUUACUCCGCGUGGGGACGAGCCCAACGAAUCUAUGGAACCAAGCGCCGCUUCGGCAGAGUCCCCCGCCCCUGUUGAGGAUGAUAACGAUGCACAUCGCCCAGGUCUCGGACCGAUGAUAAAAAAGAAGCAGAGCAAAGAGGUAGCGGGCGCUUUUCGAAAAGCCGCUACGGCACAUGGAGCCUUUAAGCCCAGGCCUGGAGGAGCUGGUGAGAGAUUGUUGGCAGCUGCCAAGAAACAAAAAGGCAGCUACGACGAACCAGAUGGAAUUACGGGUGUUGUUCCUGCACCGUCCCUCCGAACAGGCAGUGAGUCCACUAGUGUGGCAGCCCCUGAGACACCAGACACAGAGACACCCCAAUUCAUUGCCUCCCCCGCCAAAGAAGCAUCUUCGUCCGUUGCAUCUCCUGCAGUAGAGUUCCCCUCCUUUACAGAAUCUCCUGUGGCAGAGGCACCCCCUGCUUCAUUCCCAGCAGCGGAUCCACCUAUUGUUGAAGUUACGCGAGUAGCCACUGAAGACGUCAAUGUCACUUCUGCCGAGCCCCAAGGCGAGUUGAGAGACACAUCAAGAGCCGCUGUGAAGAUUGUGGCGGAUGAGAGAGCGAGGUCUGUGUCGCCAUCUCCUAACCGCCGCAGGCGCCGUGAGGACAACACAAUCAAGUAUUGCCAGGCACUUGGAAUUGAUCCUGGUGCGCUGGAAGGACGUGGAAUAGAUUUCGAUGAUAUUCUGACCGAUCUCGGCUGGAAUGGACGGUUGAGUGACGACAAACGCAUCGAAGAUCUCGAGGCGGACGUUCGUCGUGAAAUUGGGCGCGUGGAGGCCACUAGCUGGCUGGGUAACCUCGAACAACAGGAAGGCAAAGUUGAUCAGCUUGCAAGACUGAUUGACAAGACAAUUGAAGAGUGUGAAGAGCUCGACGGUCUUCUGACCCUGUACUCUCACGAACUCAACACGCUUCACGAUGAUGUCGCCUACAUUGAAACUCAGUCCCAAGGUCUACAAGUGCAAACUGCCAAUCAGAAACUCCUCCAAAAUGAACUCCAAAACCUGCUCAAGACCCUCUCCAUAUCGUCUAGUGAUUUGCGACCACUGAAGGAAGCCUCCUUGAGCAGUGUGAGCGGUCUUCGAGACACUGAAAAGGGACUUUCGAUGCUGUAUAAAGCAAUGCUCAUGAUAGAUUCCGAUAUCUGGCAAAAUAAGAAGCGAUUGGUCGACGCCGCUGGAGAGCAUGGCAGCGUUGGGGUAUACGCCGACACAGAAAUCGGACAGAUGCGCGCAAUCAAGGAGAAGAAAGAAGAGUACCGCACAGAAUCCCGACUCUUCUUGCAGCGACUCAAGCAGUUCAUGGCUGUCGCCUAUAAGAUGGCUGAACAAAAGCGUGUGGAUGUUGCAAUGAGUAGCUCGAAGGAGGCCAUGAAGCUUGACGGGAAAGCCCGAGAUCAUUUCCGCCAAGAACUGUGGAUGUACAAUGCUUUGAUGCUCUUCGCGAGAGAAGUCAGUACGCCGGAGUGGCAUGGGCUCAUUAAUCUAUACGAACAACAGGCCAAACCCUCGUACCAAAACGAAUUCCGGGACAAUGCCCAUGCAUGGAAGAAGGUGUCAAGAAAGCCCACUGGAGAAGAGCAAGAACUUCUCUUCACCCAUCAAGAAAAAGAAAAAGAAAGCGAGGGCAUCACUAUGGCAGCACGAAAAUUGACAGUGAGACGAGGAAAGACAAUGAAGGCUGCAGCAGGUCUCAGGCUCUCCCUCGGUGACAAGCAGCAUGGUAAGAUUGAACCAUGUGAAGCGUUCGCCGGUACGCUCAGGGAGACCCUGAAUAUGAUGUCCGAAGAACACAACUUCAUUGUCCACUUCUUCCACCUGAACUCACUCGUCAACACCGACUUUCCUGACCUUGUGGCGUCUUCUUACCCCGACGACCGCAAGCGUCCAGAUUUCAGUGCCAAACAACCCCAUGAUCCUGAUCGAGGAAUGGCCAAGAAGGUUGAACAGAUUAUGGACGAGCUCUAUUCAUUCUGGCCGAAUGAUAUGCAGGCCCUUGUGGAUUGGGCUAUCAAGGCAGAUCCUCUGCAAGGGAUUGGGAUUUUAUUCGCUCUGGAAAAGGCUAUAUCCGACUUUGACGACACGAACCAAGAAUUCCUUAUUCACUCUCUUCAGAAGCUGCAUGCCCGUCUGGUCGGAUUAUUCAAUCGAUUUGUGGAUGAACAGAUUCGCGGAAUUGAAGAGACCAAGGUCAAGGUCAACAAGCGGAAGGGAGUUAUCUCAUUCAUGCGGGUGUUCCCCAACUUCUCUACUGCUGUAGAAACCAUGCUCUCGCAACCAUCGCAAGAGUUCUACGACGUUCGUAUCAGCGUGAAUGAUGCUUACCACCGGAUUAACCGUGCCAUGUGGGAGUCGUUGAAGUUCAUUGCCAAGGAAGCACCUGGUCAACAUGCGGCAACGGCAGCGACCACGGGGGCUGGUGAUCCCGAGGACAAGGAGGUGCUGAACUACCACAUUCUUCUCAUCGAGAACAUGAACCACUAUAUUGAGGAAGUAGACGUUCGGGGACUGCCGGUUCUUGAAACAUGGUGUGACCGGGCACGGCAAGAUCUAAAUGAGCACAUGAAGCUCUAUCUGGAUUCAGUCAUCCACCGGCCCCUGGGCAAGCUACUGGAGUUUGUGGAGUCGACCGAGAAUCUGAUGGCUGCGGGUGGCCACCCGCCGGAUAUCGCCAGCCGCGCCAGUCACUCCCGAUCAGUGGCAAAGAAGGUGCUGGCUAUGUAUGACAGCAAGGAGAUCAAGCGGGGCAUUGAAAUGUUGAAGAAGCGGGUUGAGAAACACUUUGGCGAUGCGGACGACCCGGGACUCAGCCGCAGCCUGGUGCUGAAGGUGCUCCGGGAGUGCGAGGCGCGGUAUGAGAAUGCCCAUGACCGCACCCGACGCAUCAUUGACGCUGUGUACGAGGGUCAGCUGGACCUGGAAUGGCGGAAAGAGGAUGCGAUUGCGAUGUUCAAGAAAUCAUAA